AUGGCCAAAGAAUAUACCAAAGAACAAUUAAAUUAUUUCAGAAUUUGUUACGUAACAACUGACGUACUAGCCGACGGCCUGAGAGAAAUUUUUAAAAAAGAAUGGGACAAACUCUACAAAUCAACAAAAGGAGAAUGGAGAGAUGAUCCUCGAAAUGGAUUUGACUUUUACAUUGGAGAGUCACCACGUAACCAAAGAAAAAAUGCUCAUCUUUUGGCCACCAUGAGAAAUGGAAAUAGAGAAGAAUGGGAUUGUACAAUGCUGUUUUACGCUAUCCUUUACUCUGAUUGUGUCGGACCCAGCCUUGCCUCAACAGUCAGAAAAAGUGUGGAUGAUCUAAGAAAUUUUAGAAACAAGGAAUUCGCUCACAUCCCUCAAGGACGUCUCUCUGACAUGGAUUUUAAGAAUGCCAUUAGCAAAGUUGAUGUCGCAUUCCACGCUCUUGGUCUGCCUACUGUAAAAAUUCAAGAGAUACAAAAUCAGGCAACGUUUCCAACGAAACAUUUAUUAAACAUCUUGAAAGAGGUUGACAAUGUCAAGAAGGACCUCCAAGAAAAAGAGGAUCAACGUCAGGUCCUUACAGACCAGCUAAGGAAAGAAGUGCCUUCAUUCUGUAUUCUCCCUCCUAAACCUGCACACGACAUUGGGAGUCGCGAUCGCGAGGUAGCAAAAAUAGCCCAACAGCUGAAGCAAUUAAAGAUGGCCAAUUGCAACAGGUUGAGUUAUUCAUACAUCUCAGGAAAUCCUGGAAGUGGCAAAUCCCAGCUAGCUGGUCUUGUGGCACAAAGAUUUUAUGACGAAGUUAAAGAAAUGGCAAGCUCUUCUUCAUUUGUAAUGACUAUAAACGCUGCCAGUCUAGAUUCUCUUCUGGAGUCAUAUGCCAACUUCGCUCGUCAAUUAAAGUGCCCGGACUAUUCAGUGAUGCAGACCCUGAGUUACAAGGAGUGGUCCAUUGGGGACAAGAUCUCCCAUCUUAAGAUGCUCAUUGAAGCAAAAAUUAGCCAUUACACGUCGUGGCUAAUGAUUGUUGACAAUGUCACUACCCUUUCGUCUGUGCGUGUUCACCUACCACAGUCAGGAAACGAGGCGUGGGCAAGGGGUCAGUUAUUGAUAACGACGCAGGAUACAACGUCAAUCCCCCUAGAAAGCUCUUUAGUUAAUCACGUCUCAGUUAGUAAAGGUAUGGAGCCAGACGAUGCCAGUUGUUUAUUGGCCAAGCUAUCUGGUAUCACCGACGGUGAGCUAGGGGCAGGGGUAGCACAAAAACUGGAUUAUCAGCCUCUUGCCUUAGCAGGGGCUGCCGUUUUUGUCAAAAACAUUCGGCAGGACAAAGCAUCAAUGCAUUUUGGCUGGAAAGAAUACCUAAAGCUAUUAGAAAAAGGAAAACGACAAGUGACAGAACAUACCCUUGCUGGUAAAAACUCUGCAGCUUAUCCCAAUACAAUGACCAAAGCAAUAACCUUAGCUGUCGAAACACAGGUUAAGUCUGACAAAUUCGUCAAAGACCUAUUCAGCUUAUUAUCGUUAUGUGCACCACAACCUUUAAACGUUGACGUGGCAAUCGAUUACAUUGCAAAAGCAAACGAAAACUUCGAUAAAGAGGACAAGGAACUAAUUCGCAUGACUCUAAGUAGUUGCUCACUGCUACUUUUAGAAGAACAAAAGAAUGGUUCUUUCAUUCGUGUACAUAAGGUUGUCCACGACUCUAUCAAAUCUGUGAUGAGUGGCUAUCAAAAUAGUCAAAAGUCCAAGAUCGUAAGUCAAGCUGUUGAUUCAUUAAACCAAUUUAUUGUUGAAACUCAAUUGGGGGAGAAUAGGAGACUGGAAACCAUGAAUGUCAUCCCGCACAUCACCUCUCUUAUUACAGUAAUUGAUCAACUUUUUUCCAGAGAGAGUAUAUUUCAGGUCGAAGGAAUGUCAGCCCAAAAAUUUAAAAACCUUGGCGAGAUUUGCCGACUGCAUUGUGAAUUUAUCGUCGGUAAGAAAUAUCUAGAGCAUUCUGUCGCAAUUCAGCUACGACUGCUAGGCGUCAAUCACGUUGACGUUGCAGCAAGCUACACUGCGUUAUCGUCAAUUUACAAAGACUUGGGGGACCUUGAGAAAGCCAAGGGGUAUCAGCAACAUGCUCUAGACAUCGAACUAGAAAAGCUUGGAGGUGAAAACGUUACUGUUGCAUCAAGUUACAGCAAGUUAGCUGUGAUUUUCAUGGAACUAGGUGACCUUGAGCAAGCCGAAGACUAUCAGCAACGCGCUCUAGCCAUCGAACUCGAGAAGCUUGGAACGGAGCAUGUUACCAUUGCAACGAGCUAUAACAACCUAGCUUUGAUUCACAAGCAGUUGGGCAACCUUAAGCAAGCCAAGGAGUAUCAGCAACAAGCCCUAUCCAUCCAAUUGAAGAAGCUCGGCGCUGGGCAUGUUUCGGCUGCAACAAGCUAUUGUAACCUAGCUUCGAUUCAUAAAGACUUAGGUGACCUGGAUAAAGCAAAGAAAUAUCAACAACGGGCUCUUGAUAUCGAAAGCGAGAAGCUAGGAGCGAACCAUGUUUCUGUUGCAAAGAGUUACACCAUCUUAGCUUCAAUAUGCAAGCAUUUAGGUGACCUAGAGCAAUCCAAAGUGUACCAGCAGCGUGCUUUGGUCAUCCAAGUUAAGAGGCUUGGCACUGAACAUGUUUCUGUUGCAACGAGCUAUAGUAACUUGGGCUCAAUUUAUAAAGACUUAGGUGACCUUAAGCAAGCCUAUGACUAUCAGCAAAGUGCUCUGGCUAUCAAACUACAAAAGCUUGGUGCUGAACAUGUUUCUGUUGCAACGAGCUACAGCAACCUAGCUUUGGUUCACAAAGAACUAGGUGACCUUCGACUAGCCAGAGAGUAUCAACAACGUGCCCUGUCCAUCCAAGACAAGAGGCUCGGUUCUCACCACGUUUCUGUGGCAACAAGCUACAAUAACUUUGCUUUAAUUUACAAAGACUUAGGCGACCUUAAAACAGCCAUGAUGUAUCAGAAACGUGCUUUAGCUAUCAAACUCAAGAAGCUUGGUGCUGAACAUUCUUCUGUUGCAACCAGCUACGGUAACUUAGCUUUAAUACACAUGGACUUAGGUGACCUUGGGCAAGCCAAAGAGUAUCAGAAACGAGCUCUCAGAAUCGAACUUAAACAGCUCGGUGCUGAACAUAUAUCUGUUGCCCUAAGUUUUAAUAACUUUUCUGUGAUUCAUCAUCGAUUGCAUGACCUCACACGAGGAAAAAAGUAUCAACAACGAGCUUUGGAGAUCAAACUGAAGAAGCUCGGUCCUGAACAUGUUUCAGUUGCGACGAGUUACAGCAACUUAUCUUCAAUUUACAAGGACUUGCGUGACCUUGAGCAAGCUAAGGAAUAUCAGCAACGCGCUUUAGCCAUCAAACUGAAGAAGCUUGGUGGUGAACAUGAUUCUGUAGCAACGAGCUACAGUCACUUAGCUACAAUUCACCAGUGGUUAGGUGACUUUGAACAAUUCAAGAAGUAUCAACUACUUGCUCUAGGAAUCAAACUUAAGAAAGUCGCCCGUUUGUGA